AAAAAAAAAAAAAAAAGAAACUGAAGUAAAAAAAGACUUGUAGUUAAGUCUUGUAGAUGAUUCUUGAGAAAUUCAAAGCUUUUGUGAAAUCACAUAUAGAGAGAGAACUGGAGAAGAAUGGAUCAUCAUAGUCAUCAUAAUCAAUGGCGUAUGAAAUUAUUAUCAUUCAAAAACGCCACAAUUGCUCUCACACUCAUCAACCUUCUCAUCUUCCUCGUCCUCCUUCAAGGCUUUUUCACUUCUUCCUCUCGCCGACUCGUGUCAGCUAAGCUUCAGUAUGUGAAGGAAGCCGAAGAGAUUAGACUCUCGAUGCAACCUCUAGAGCUUAUCAAAAGAGUCCGAGAAAUCGAACAGGAAUCAUCUGGAGGACAAGAAACAGAGCAGGAGAAAGAUGUGAAGCAGAACACAGCCGUUGAUCUAUCUAAACGCCUCAAAGAUUUCCGCUCGCUAAAUGAUGCCUCGAGCUUGAAAGCGUUGGAAGAAUGGCGAAAGCGGAAAAUGGAACGAGCAAGACAACGUGAUCUUGGGAAAACAGGAGGUCUUUCUUCAUCCAAAACAUCAUAAAAGACACUAGUACUAACCAAGGGGGUACUAACCAUCAAGAAGAUAUCAAAUUAUCAUGGCUACUGUUACUACAUAACAUUAUGUCUCAGACAACAUUCGUAUAGUGUAAUACAGACGCAAUGCUUGAAAUGAAAGGGUCUAAACAUGUAAUGUUUCCUACAUUGAACUUCACAAACUUGUUUACACCAAACAACUUUGAGUAAAUGACCA